AUGGCCUUUCGCGGUGAACGUUUCGUCCUUGACCUGGGCUCUGACGAUGAGUCCCCUUCAGCGGACAGCUAUGAUGGCGCUCAGGGUCCCUCGACCCUCAACAUCCCCGGGAUGAUCGGCGAAAUCCGUGAACGCUCCCCCGCCGCGGCGCCCGCCCCGCCUACUCCAAAACCAACCACCACCGGCUUUCCAGCCCAUCGCCGUCGGGCCAAACCCUCUACAUUUAAACAGCGACGGGACCCAGCUCCGUCUGCAACUGCAUCCGCCUCUACUUCUGCACCGGGUCCGAAGGAUGAGAAAACGGCCAUCGCGCAGGAAAAUGCGCGGCAACUGGCCUCCAUGUCGGACGCGCAGAUUGAACAUGAGCGCCAGGAACUGAUGGAAACCAUGGACACGUCUCUACUUGAGCGCUUCCUUCGUCGAGCUCGUAUCGACGCCGACGACACCCCCACUACCAGCUCCAAACCUACCCGCGAACAACCCGCCGCUACUGAACCAGUCCAAGACAACAAAAAAGGAAAAGAAGCAGCAGCAGCAGCAGCAGAACCUGCUCCUCUUUCACCACCAGCAUCAACAACAAAAACAGCAGCAACCACCAAACCACCCUCCCCCAAGAACGACACCUCCCAAGAUGACGUCCCACCAACCCAAAUUCCCUCGGACCUCCACGCCGCCGCCGAACUUCCCCCCUCAGGCAGCGUACACUUCCCUGCGCCUCCAUCCCAAGCCUUCCCAAUGCCCAACCUAGACCCGUCCUCACCCUCAUUCCUCUCCGACCUCCAAACCCAUUACUUUCCUAACAUCUCACACGACCCCUCCGCCCUCUCCUGGCUACAACCCCCCUCCGCAGACCCCGAAGACCCGGACUCCACGUCCGCCUACCACCCCGCCAGCAACGCCGAAGCCAUCCACCCAGCCAACCUACGCUUCUCUCUCCUCGGCACGGUACUCUCCCCAUCAACCUCUCUCUCCCUUCCCACGACCCUGGGCCUACAUCAUCACGGCAAAGACCCCCAUGCAGCGGGGUACACCAUUCCCGAACUGGCCAUCCUGAGUCAGUCGACGUUCCCGGCGCAACGGUGCAUCGCGUGGCAGGUUCUCGGGCGGAUUCUGUUCCGUCUGGGGAAGGGCCAAUUCGGAGAAAGGGGGAGUCCGCUGGUCGAGGGGCUGUGGUCUGUUGUGGAGAAGGAGGGUGUUGUGGCAGAGAAGGAGACAACGGAGAAUGCUACUACUGCUGGUGCUGGUGGUACUAGUCGUCGACAACAUGCUAGCGCUACUGCGUGGGCAGUCGAGGGUGUCUGGUUAUGGCAGAUGGGGGGUGGAGGUGACCGGGGAGUAUUGAAGGAGGGAGCGAUUCGGUCUCAGUGA